AUGGCCGCAUAUCCAGCAUCUUUGGCAUACCCACCGCUUCCUCAAGUCUCGGAAGAAGGUACCUUGACCCCUUCGCAUGGCGGAAUGGUCACCGGCCACGAGUUCGACGUUCCAAUCCUGCAGAAAAGUCCCCCUUCUGCUGCGCCUUUCAACCUCUCUCAGGCUGCUCAAGAACAGACCCAACUACCAAAUUCCCCAACAACCUCUCAAGCUCCAGUUCCACGUCGUCCGGCAUCAACUCAGAAGCCGCGACCACUGUCGAUGCCGCCGCAGACAUUCGCAGCGCCCUCUCCGUCGGAGCGCGAUCGGCAUUUUGCAGAGGACGGCGGACGGCAUGUGCAACGUGGCGAUGCGACCCCGCAGGGAAAGCCUCGCAGCUCAAACAGGAUACUCGGCGACUACACCCUGAGUAAGACCCUUGGAGCGGGGAGCAUGGGCAAGGUCAAGUUGGCACACCACAAUUUGACGGGCGAGAAGCUCGCAGUCAAAAUUCUGCCCCGGGCCAAUCCGCCCAGCGGGAGCGUCAUGAACUCCGACGCGGCGGCGAAGCAAGCGUCGCGGGACGCCUCGAAGGAGAUCCGCACGAUACGGGAGGCGUCGCUGUCGAUGCUGCUCCACCACCCGUACAUCUGCGGGAUGCGAGAGAUGAUCGUCCACCCACACCACUACUACAUGGUGUUCGAGUACGUAAACGGGGGUCAGAUGCUGGACUACAUCAUCAGCCAUGGGCGGCUGCGAGAGCGGGUGGCGCGCAAGUUCGCGAGGCAGAUCGGGAGUGCGCUGGAUUACUGCCAUAGGAACAACGUCGUGCACCGGGACCUUAAGAUUGAAAACAUCCUGAUCUCGCAGACGGGCAAUAUCAAGAUCAUCGACUUUGGCCUCUCGAACCUGUUUGAUCCCGUGAACCACCUGUCGACAUUUUGUGGCUCUCUGUACUUUGCAGCUCCCGAACUGCUGAACGCGAAGGUGUACACCGGGCCGGAGGUGGAUGUGUGGAGUUUCGGCGUGGUGUUGUAUGUGCUGGUCUGCGGAAAGGUGCCGUUCGACGACCAGAGCAUGCCCGCGCUGCACGCUAAGAUCAAACGGGGUCUGGUGGAGUAUCCAGUAUGGCUGAGUGCAGAGUGCAAACAUAUCCUCAUGCGCAUGCUGGUCACAAACCCCGCAGCGCGUGCACCAUUGUCAGAAGUGCUCAACCACCCUUGGAUGGUGCGAGGGUUCCGCGGCCCGCCGGAUUCACACCUGGUUCAUCGCGAGCCGCUGCGCGUAGACGAGCUGGAUGGGCAAGUGAUUCGAGGCAUGAAGGGAUUCGAGUUUGGGACAGAAGACGAGAUCGAGCGGAAGCUGGUGGAGGUGCUCGAGUCCGACGGUUAUUACCGUGCGGUGCAACACUGGGAGCGUAAACGAAUGGCGAUGAACGGGCGGAAUGGACGCCACUGGGGCGAAUCGUUGUCCAGCUCUUCAAUCGCGCUCGAUAGCGGCCCAAACGGCAAGAACGAUUUUACCCCGUCCAAAGGAAGAAAACGGUUUUCUGGGUUUGACUUUUACCGCCGCAAACUUUUCUCUCCGACUUCAUCUCCACCAGAUACACCGUUCCACUCACCACCCACGUCUCAGUCGCACUUAUCUCGCACCUCUCUCACCGAUGCGAGUCAACGCGAGCCACCAGAUCCGACAUAUGGAUUCCAUCCGCUAAUUUCAAUGUACUUUCUGGCUCGCGAGAAGAUGGAACGAGAGAAGGUCUAUGGUCCAGGACACUUCGCGAACUCGCAGCUUUCCCUCGAGUCGAACAAUCAUGCUGAACCUCCACACGAAGAACAUGCCCCUGCGGCCGCAAAACCGUUCUCUCAGCCAGCGCUCAGAAAGAAGGAGGCUGUUGCCACUACGAAGCCAGAUUACAGCAUGCUCUUGCCGAGGCUACCCGCGCCCGAGACAUCUCACUAUUCUGGGAUGUCAUACGAUGCUACCGGGCCAACACUAUCUCCUGCUACACCCACGUUUGCGCAACCGCGUGCGCGUGACGCUGCGCUCACUCUGCUGAAACCCGCAGACAACAUCCAGACAACGACGUCUGUUCCGAGCUCCCCAACGAGAGCGCCCAUGCCACGCGCGCCACCCGCAUCCACUCACCGACGCAGCCACAGUCUCAGUCAACGGCCAAGCGUUUCCAGAGGAUGGACUGGCAUGUUUGGACAUAGUGGUACUGAAGCUGUGACCGAGCACGGUACUCUGAGGGCGCGUCGGGAUCCGCUAGAGCCUCCACGAACCGCAGGCCCAGAGCUCACUUCGUUUGCGGAGCGAAUGGAACCCGAGCGAUUGGAGGAAGAGCCACGAACACCUGUGCUUGUGUCCGCAGGCGCGACGUUGGUCCGCAAGUUUGGCAGUCUUCUGGGCGGCGGUGCAAAAACGGAAGAGUCUAGAAGGACAUCUGGACAGUCGAAGAGGGGCAGUAUAUUGACAGGUACAGGUUUCACUCCACGCCCUUCUACUGAGAAAGAGGAGAAGGUGGAGGAGCCCACGUUCGUUCAUGAGAAGAAGAGUCUGGAUAACCCGCCGAAUGGUACACCGACACCCACUGUCGCCGUUACGCACAGCCAGAGUCAACCGAUUGGCACUGCUCAUAGACGGGCUGCCACUAUUCUUGAUCCACAAAGUAGAUCGAUGCGGCACGAACGCAGAAAUAGCACGGGUGCAGCGCUUUUAUCUGGCCCCGGUGGUACGAUCGGCCGCCACCGUCGACCGUCUACCGGAUACCCCGGGACAUAUCAAAGGCCAUUCACAGACAGAUUGUUUGGUCGCACCGACGAGGAGGAUGAGAUGGCUGAGCAGGAACAGUCCGAAGUCGCUUCCCCAGGUGCGAAUGGAGUGGAGACGAUGAUCAAAGAAGAUGACGAUCAUGGCGGCGAAGAGAAGGACUUUAAACCAGUCUACCUGAAGGGCCUUUUCAGCGUGGCGACGACGUCGACAAAACCCCCGUCAGCGAUUAAGGCCGAUAUCAAGCGUGUGUUAGACAGGAUGCAAGUUCAAUACCGCGAGACGAAGACUGGCUUCGAAUGCAUCCACAUGCCUUCCAUCGAUUUGUCGUCUAUCCAAUCGCCACGACCUUUUGAGCGCCAACAUCGCAAGCGUGUAUCUAUUGGCUCUCAUGAGACGGAUACCACUCGGAAAUCGAUUGUGAAGAGGCCUUCCAAAAUUUCGUUUGGCACCAAGGCUAGCAAGGAGAAGGAUCGUGAGGCUAAAGAUAAGGAGCUCCCUAGUCGUCCAUCUGGUGGUACGAUACUCAGCGCUACUGCAAGCAGUGCAUCGUCCUCGUUCUUCCAUGUCUCGUCAUCCGCGCAUUCCGCCACUGUGGAAGCUGCGCGAUCUGAUACACUGGAGGCCAUCUCCGGUCCUCCCGACGAGUCGCCAUCGCGCUCUCAAUCGCCUGCGAAGGGGAAAAUUCUUCCCCCUUUACCUCGCGAUUUUGCAGCGAGUCCUCAACCUACAACGAUGACCCCGAUCCCCACUGGAGAAGUGGGUCAGGACAUUUUUGAGAGCAUUGGCUCAAGCUCCCUCGCCGUUCGUUUUGAAAUCAACAUAGUGAAGGUUCCUUGGCUGCCUCUACAUGGAAUACAGUUCCGACGUGCUGGAGGGGAUGGCUGGCAAUACCACAUGCUGGCAAGAAGAGUAUUGACCGAAUUGAAGUUAUGA